CAACAGCGGGGGUGAAAGGUCAAGAAGACGAUGGCGCUUCUGCAAUGUUCGUUUUACAGACAUUUGCUGUUGGCCAGGCAACUACUUUCCACUGCACUGUCCGCAAGACAAGUCAUGGUCACGCCCCCUUUAGCCCAAUCCAGACACGCCUAUGCCACGCCCAGUCUAUCUUCAGUUAGACACGCCCACACCACGCCCAUCUGGCACCUGGGCCGACCUCUGCCUCAUGUCGAGGUUGGAUCGGAAACUUCAACGGUAGAUCAAGAAAAGGUUCACCCCCCACCUCCCUCCCCUCACACACUCACACCGUCACAGAUCACACAAGCACCCUCAUCACCGGUGCACACAGAAGUAUCAGACGACGCUCAGAUCACCCAGAGGUAUGGACGGCACCCCAGUACGGCGGAGGAGGAGUGGUCACGGUUGAAACUCACCUGGAGACAGCUGCCAAAGGUCUACCUCAGUCUCUCUAAACACAGGAUCACCACUCUAGUGACGCUGUCGGCAGUGAUGGGCUAUUGUGUGGCUCCAGCUCCAUUCGAGGUGUCCACACUGCUCCUGGCAUCACUGGGUACCGCUCUCUGCUCUGCCAGCUCCCUCUCUUUGAACCAGUGGCUGGAGGUGCCUUACGAUUCUCAGAUGACUAGAACUAGAAACAGAGUACUUGUCAAAGAAAUUGUCAGCCCCUUUCACUCAGUGGCUUUCAGUACAGUCAUGGUGCUAGCGGGAGGGACCCUCCUGUGGACCACAGUCAACCCACUCACAGCGUUCCUCGGUGUUGGAAACAUCCUCCUAUAUGUCGCUGUCUACACACCACUCAAGAGAAUCAGCCUCUACAACACUUGGGUCGGUGCCAUCGUCGGAGCCAUUCCUCCACUGAUGGGGUGGACUGCUUGUACCGGGACACUCGAUCCUGGAGCGUUUGUCCUCGCAGGCAUCCUCUUUGCGUGGCAGUUUCCCCAUUUCAACGCCCUCAGUUGGAGGCUAAGAGGAGACUACUCGCUUGCCGGGUACCGCAUGAUGUCGGUGGUGGACCCCAGCCUGUGUAAACGGACGACACUGCGGUACUGUCUGGCACUAUUCCCGCUGUGUGCAGCAGCGCCGGCCCUAGAUAUCACAACCUGGUGGUUCCUAGUGGAUUCCAUCCCGGUCAAUGCCUGGAUGACUUACCUGGCGUGGAGGUUUUAUAGUGACUCGGAGGAAGAUUUCAAGUGGGCUCGAAAACUGUUUCAGUUUACUCUGUUUCACCUCCCUCUAUUGACUGGGCUGAUGCUCAUCAAUAAGAAACACUGGUACUCGGAAGAAAAGACCAUUAUGUAGAGUGAUGAUUAUGUAAACGAUAAUUUGUCGCCCACGUGCGUGGAAUCCGUGUGGUGGGGGACAUGAGAGGUCGGCCAGAUGGAGUCAGUUUCUUGAGGGGCUGGUGGUCUCCGAGACUAGCCGUGUAAUAGCAGCACAAAUGGCUCUGGCCACCGUAACUGAGGGUAGUGGAAAAGCUCUUAUCAAACAUGUUCCGUUGUAUAAGCAAAGAUGGCGGGUUUCAGAAGCAGAUUUACACAAAAUGUCUUCACUUUUUGGCCGAGGAUGGUGGGAGAUGUUUGCACGGAAAAUUGGGUUUCACGAAGAAGUGGAGAAUAUUAAAAAUGGUUAUAUUGGCCUACAUAAUUGGGUUUACCAGUUACUGCUACAAUGGAGCAGUAGAUAUGAAUCUAAAGCAACCUACAGAAUAAUUCUAAAGGCAUUAUCUGAGCUCAACCAAAUUAAUGCACUACAUGACGUAUGUAAGCUUCUACAUGCCCAGUCAGAGCCUGGUCGACCUUUGCCCUCUGCUCUAGAGAGAUAUAGCGACGCCCUAAAGAGUAAGUAUUCAGAGUAUAAGCUAAAGGCUAUAGUUGAUUGGCCUCCACCACCUGCUGAGAAUAUUGUUAAACUGGCCAUGAUUGGGGAUCCUAAAAUCGAUGAUAAAUUUAUUGGCGAUAUGACCCAAGGAAAUGUUAGAAGUGUGUUGAAUACCAAAACGGUCAUUGAGCCUGUUGAUUUGUUUCAGAGAAUAGAGUCAGGUGGGGGGAAAGUAAUUCUGCUGGAAGGUGCUCCAGGCUCAGGGAAAUCGACAAUGUGUUGGUAUAUUUGUAAGCAGUGGGGGGAAGGGACACUAUUGCAGGGGUUUACCCAUGUUCUAAUGAUUGAAUUGCGUGACAAAACGAUUCAAGCGGCGAAGCACCUUGUUCAAAUAUUGCCUUAUUUUUUGGGUCACGAUAACAGAGUUGCAGAAGAUCUAAUAAAGAAGCACGGAGAUAAUGUUUUGGUUAUACUAGAAGGUUGGAACGAAUUACCAAAAAAUCUGCGAAAAGAAUCAAUUUUUAAAGAUCUUGUCACCAAAGGUGGUCGUAGUCCACUACAAAAUGCGGUUGUGUUGGUAUCAUCUCGCUCAAAUACGACCGUCGAUCUUCAGCAAUACAUUGCAUUGCAAGUUGAAGCUUUAGGUUUUACUCCCGAUCAAAUCAAGGCUUAUGUGGAAGGGUGCUUUGAAUCUAAAGGGGAGCCCGAUAGAGCGCAAAAAUUGCUCGCAAUCAUCAAUCGAAAUCCCAAACUUCGAGAGAAUUGCUACCUUCCGCUCAUGUUGAUAAUCAUAGUUCACUUGUACGACUGUAGCAAGACUCUGCCCGAGUCAUUCUGUGCAAUCAUUAUCGAGCUUGCACUUUCUUGUCUUUAUCGCUAUUGCAAGGAAAAUGGUAUACUCGACCUUGAAGAUAGCAUGGUAUCUUUGGACGAUGUGCCGUCUCAACUUCAGCCUAGAGUGUACGAGUUAUGCGAAUUAGCCUAUAAUGCGACGGUGAAUGAGAGGUAUUCUUUUUCAAACCCCCAAAUGGAUGGUUUGGGUCUGCUGCAGAAUGUACGCAGUAUUGCAGCCAGGGGAAGUAGUGUGACUCAGUAUUUCCUUCACUCGUCCCUUCAAGAGUUGUGUGCUGCUCUCCACGUGUCGAGACAGCCAGUCCCAAAG